GCAGUAAUUAUGCAAUAGCCACAACCAGUUUUUGUCUCGCUCGGCAGUCGACGUCGUCAUAUUCAAAUUGACUUUGGGCUGAAGAUGCGACCGCCAGAGACUUCAGUCGUCAACGAAACGUCCAAACGCCCACAGCCAUUUGGAAAUCAAAAAAAUAUUUAAGAAAAAAGUAGCGAAUACAAAAACCGAUAUACACGCGCUCGAAAUCGCUGUACAAUUUGAAUUUCAAAUGACCUAAGGAUCUUGCUCCAGUUUGUUGUGUGCUUUCUGUGUUCUCUAUAAAAGAGUGAUAGCUGCGGGUUCGAGUGUCAGAAAUAAUCAAGAUGCUGAGGUGGCCAGUGGUUUGCCUGCUGCUCCCGCUUUUGGCCUCGGCCAAGAUCUUCGAUCGCUGUGAGCUGGCCCAUUCGCUGCAGCAGCGUUUUGGGCUUCCUGCCGCCCAGGUUGCCACCUUGGUGUGCAUAGCCCAGCACUCGAGUGACUUUAACACGGCUGCCUUUGGCGGCGGAGCAGGACUGGGCGGUGGCUCCCACGGACUCUUCCAGAUCAGCGAUGUCUACUGGUGCUCGCCACCGGGCCAGGGCAAGGGGUGUGGCCUGAGUUGCGCCAGCUUGCGGGACGAUGACAUCGCCGACGAUGUCCUGUGCGUGAGGAAAAUCUAUGCCGAGCACCAGAGGAUCAGCGGAGAUGGCUUCACCGCCUGGCAGGCCUAUGGCGCCUACUGCCGCCAGGAUGCGGCCUCUUAUGUGGCAGGAUGCGGAGGUCCUGGCAGCACGGCUCUCACGGUGGCCGCCUCCUACCAGAAACCCCAGCAAGUUCAGGUCCCCAGCUAUCCUGUGACCCAAUUUUACCAACAGGUGGCCCAAAUCCAGCCACAGGGAAAAAUCUACAGCCGCUGCGAGCUGGCCCAGGAGCUGUAUUACCAGCACAAGCUGCCCAUGCCGCAGAUUCCCACCUGGGUGUGCAUCGCCCAGCAUGAGUCCUCCUUUAACACGGCGGCUGUGGGCCGCCUAAAUGCGGAUGGCAGUGCGGAUCAUGGUCUCUUCCAGAUUAGCGACCUCUUCUGGUGCACCCACGAUCAGAGGGCUGGAAAGGGAUGUCACGCCACCUGCAAUCAGUUCCUGGACUCCAGCAUAGCCGACGAUGUGCAGUGCAUCCGCAGGAUCCAUCAGGAGCACACACAGAUCUCGGGAGAUGGCUUCAAUGCCUGGACCGUGUACCAGAGGAACUGCCUCAACCAGCACUACGAACAGGUGGCAGCCUGCUUUGCCAAGCCUCCGAUUCAUCAGCAGCACCCCAAUGCCAUUGGCGGCGGAGGAGUUCCUGUGAAGCCCAAGGUCAGCUAUGCCUAUCAAUAUGGCCAGGUGCAAGUGCAUCAGAGCCCGGCUGUGAAUCAGUAUUAUCGACCAGCGCAGCCCGUUCUCAGUUACCCAUCCAAUGUGGCUGCCUACUCGGGUAAUCCCUUCCUGCGACCGCGCCCCGUUAGUCCCCCCAGGCAGCAUCCCAAUGCCAUUGGAUCCCCCCUUAAGCAACAAUCCCCCGCUAACCCCUUCUAUAGCCACAAACAGUCAGUACAAUAUCAGCCACACUAUCAGACACACACUCAAACACACCAACAACGCACGGGUAAAGUUUACAAUCGCUGCGAGUUAGCCCAAGAGUUGUAUUUCUCACACAAGUUUCCCAUGCAGGAUUUGGCCACCUGGGUGUGCAUCGCCGAGCAUGAGUCCUCCUUAAAUACGGCAGCUGUGGGUCGGCUGAAUGCGGAUGGGAGCGCGGAUCACGGGCUCUUCCAGAUCAGCGAUCUCUACUGGUGCACCCAUGGCGAUGGGGGCGGCAAGGGCUGUCACAUCGACUGCAAUCGCCUGCUGGACUCGGAUAUCACGGAUGAUGUUAGGUGUGUGAGGACCAUCCACGAGGAGCACACCAGGAUUUCGGGAGAUGGAUUCACUGCCUGGACUGUCUACAAUGGGCACUGCAGGCAAAAGACUAGAGCAGAUAUUGCCGGCUGUUUCGAGGGCAAAGAUCUGCUCGGGGAAGUUGCAAAACCACCUAAGGCAAAUGAUCUUGUCAAGAAGGCAUCUCCACAUCCGAAGGGAAAAAUCUACAAUCGCUGUGAGCUGGCCAAGGAACUUUACCAUAAGCAUAAGAUACCCAUGAAGGAGAUUCCCACCUGGGUUUGCAUUGCCCAGCAUGAGUCCUCUUUCAAUACAGCAGCUGUGGGAAAACUAAAUACAGAUGGCAGUGAGGAUCAUGGUCUGUUCCAGAUCAGCGAUAUCUACUGGUGUUCCCAUGACCAGACGAGUGGCAAGGCCUGCCACAUUGAAUGCGAUCGUUUGCUGGAUUCAGACAUAUCCGAUGAUGUGCAGUGCAUCCGCACAAUCCACGAAGAACACACACGACUAUCGGGAGAUGGCUUCAAUGCCUGGACAGUCUACAACGGACACUGCAGGAAUCAGAACUUGGCCCAGUUGAGCGACUGCUUCGAGGGAAAUGAGAUUGCACAGGCGGAUAUGAUCAGUCCUUAUGGCGAGAGGCCCCAAGUGAAGCCUCACCAGACGGUUCUCGAGGGCCCACAGCAAAAGAUAGCGAGCAGUCCAAAUUAUGCGGGAAAUCCCUUCCUGCAAGCAGCCAAGAUACCCCAACCCACAAAACUCACAAAUAAAAAAACGAAUAAUAUAUCAGCUCCCAAGGAGCCAGAAACCCAUAAACUAUAUGCAACCAAUCCAUUUUUCAACAGCCAGCUCCAGAAAAAACCUACUCUCCCACCCCAAAAACCCAACUAUGAUCACAAUCCCUUCCUGAAAGCCCCAGGUUCAAUUACACCCACUGCUAUUACCUCACACACUUCAGAAGAAAUCAAGCCCCAUGACAGUUUAUCCUAUGCCCAGAAUCCGUUCCUCAGUCUACUUGGCAAACCAAUUGUACCCGCUCAAGCACCCAUCAAGCCCAAGCCGAAGCCCUCCAGCCCAUCUAAGCCCACUCAGCUGGUCAACAGACCCUAUGUCAGCAGCGACAGCUUCCGCAAUGAGGUGAUUAAAUUUACAGCCACCUCUGCGGCAGCAGCAACAACUUUAAGCGUUACAAAGCAAUCUGUAACAACAACCACACGAAAACCUUUGACAGCGGCCGCUAGAAAACCAGUCUCAACUACGGCCAAACCAACUAGCUUGCCGUUAUGGUCAUGGCAAACUUCUACGACCGCUAGGCCCACAAUAUCAGAAAGUAGUAAUCGCUAUACGGCCACAACGAAAGCCCCAGCAUAUUUGACAACCACUCGUUCGGUGAUAACCAAUAGGCCUACUACUCGUCCAACCAUUAAAGCGAUUACUCGAGCAACUACACGGUCCACGGCUCAGUCAACUAAUGGGUCAAUCCGCACAACAACUCGUCCAAAUAUGUACUUAGGCUCUCAGCCAACUACUCGUCCAACAACACGGUCUACUUCUCAGCCAACGCGACAUCCGGUUUCAACAUCUUACCAACAACCAUCAACAAUAACGAGACCAACAACAGUAAGCAAAACCACCACUCGGCCUAUUUCAACUGUUCGACCAAUUACAACCACUUACAAACCUAUAAUAACCAAGACCACAGAUAGAUAUGCUGCCAUAUAUUCAGCUACAUAUUCUCCAAACUCAAAAACAAAAACUACAGCCCGAUAUGCCUCUACAACCCGCCCAACAACCCAGUCCCAAUACAACUAUAUAUCUGUUUAUAAACCCACCGCGAAGCCUGCAACAGUAAGCAAAACUACUGAGAGAUCAACAACACUAAGUAAACCCACUAAUCGGCCUACUACUACUAUUCGGCCAAUUACAACCACUCAUCAAUCUUUUAUAAACAAGACCACAAAUCCAUCAAUCGCCUUGCAUUUCCCAUAUGGGCAAUAUCCAACAAUAAAAACUACAACUCGUUAUACCACUACUACCCGCCCAACAACCAAGUCCCAGAGCCACUAUAUAUCUGUAAGGACACCCACCACAGGAUCAACUGCACCUACUCGUUCAACCACAACUCGUUACUCACCAACAACUCAGAAGCCUUCGUCAACGAGAAUCACCAACCGCUACUCACCAACAACUCAGCACUCAACUACAACGGCACCAAUCUCUCGUCAAGGAAGCACCACACCAAGGCCAUAUUUAUUUACCUCAACAACGAAAUCAAGUGCCACCACUAAGAAUCCCUUCGACCACCCGUUUUUCCAGAAAUUCAAUGCCAAGUUCGAAAAAAAACCAGCAACUCAAGCGCAAAAUCAAAAAGCGACCACAACAUUAACCAUUAAUAAAAAUCAAACUACCAUCAGCCCUUUUCAUGCCAAAUUUGAGGAGACCAAACUUAAAACAGGAGCCAAAACCAUUCUUUCCUAUGAAUUUGGCCAGAGAACAAAUACAACGAGGCCAAAAAGUGCCUUCGAUGUUUACCUGAAUUGGAACAAAAACUUGGCUGGUAACCAUUAGGGUGACACUUUCGAGACUUGUAAAUAUGCGUUAAUAAUCUAUGUAAGACCUCUAAUUUAGCAUAAUGACAGAAUACUCAUGCAUUAUUAAACCGUAAGCCUUAUAAAUAGGAUUUAGAUAAUAAAAUAAAAGUAAAAACCAUGCGAAUG